CAUCACCCUGUCUCCUUCGCCCGCGUCACUGGCAUCCCUGUCUCUGCUUUUCCCCUCAACUUGUUUCUAACUAUCUCAUCGAUCAACUCUGUACCCUUAGGAUCCCUUGCAAUACGAUACAACCCCCACUCUUCCAUUCUGCCACUGACUCACCAUCAUCUCUCCUCAACUUCAAACCCGCCACCAUGCAGAUUUUCGUGAAAACCCUCACCGGAAAGACUAUCACUCUUGACGUUGAGUCGGCUGAUACUAUCGAUGCCGUCAAGUCUAAAAUUCAGGACAAGGAAGGCAUCCCUCCUGACCAGCAGCGUCUUAUUUUCGCUGGCAAACAGUUGGAAGACGGCCGUACGCUGUCAGAUUAUAACAUCCAAAAGGAGUCCACCCUUCACCUGGUUCUCCGUCUCCGUGGAGGAAUGCAGAUCUUUGUCAAAACCCUCACAGGAAAGACUAUUACCUUGGAGGUGGAAUCUUCUGAUACCAUCGAUAAUGUAAAGAGCAAAAUUCAAGAUAAAGAAGGCAUCCCCCCAGACCAGCAACGUCUGAUCUUCGCUGGAAAGCAACUUGAGGAUGGCCGCACCUUGUCCGAUUAUAACAUCCAAAAGGAAUCGACCCUCCAUCUCGUCCUUCGUCUGCGUGGUGGAAUGCAAAUCUUCGUUAAGACUCUGACUGGUAAAACCAUCACCCUGGAAGUGGAAAGCUCAGAUACCAUCGACAACGUUAAAAGCAAAAUCCAAGAUAAAGAAGGUAUCCCACCAGACCAGCAACGGCUCAUAUUUGCCGGAAAGCAACUUGAGGACGGCCGAACACUCUCGGAUUACAAUAUCCAAAAAGAAUCUACACUUCACCUCGUCCUCCGACUUCGUGGCGGUAUGCAGAUCUUCGUGAAAACUCUUACCGGAAAAACCAUUACACUCGAAGUUGAGAGUUCCGACACCAUCGACAACGUGAAGAGCAAAAUCCAAGAUAAAGAGGGUAUCCCACCAGACCAGCAGCGCCUUAUCUUUGCUGGUAAACAGCUGGAAGAUGGCCGAACCCUUUCCGAUUAUAAUAUUCAAAAGGAAAGCACUCUCCAUUUGGUGUUGAGAUUGCGGGGUGGCCACUAAAUACGUUUAUUCCUGGCAUUGUGUUCUGCAUUUUUUUUUUCCUUCUCUUGUUUCUUCUUUUUCUACGCUGGGAGAAAUAAAACUACCGGCUUGGCGUCAUUGGUCAUUGGGGAUGGAUUCUUUUUAUGAACAAAUUACGACACGCCAUGCAUUCAUUUACACUUAGCUAUCUACAUCACAUAAACUACGUCCUUUUUGUCGACUCCUCGUAACAAUCCAAACAACCUCUCUUCUCUCGUUUC